AUGGCGCUCAUCGCGAGUUCGCUCGGCGAUGACGUCGCGCUGGACCAACGCUGGACGUACGGUGAGCUGAGAGAACGCGCGGAGACGUUCGCGCGGGCGCUGAGGGAUCUGGGAUACGCCGAACGGGAGGCGAAAGCGCUUGGGGUGCGCGCGCGGAACGGAGGGGACGCGCUGACGGCGUAUUUGGGAGGGGCGUUGGCGGGAAGCGGGACGCGGACGUGCGGCGCGCGAGAGGACGCGCGAGAGGCGUUCGGAAACGGGAAGACGCGAGGAACGAUGGUGGAGUUCGUCGACGCGGAUGUGGUGGGAUCGAUCGUCGGGGCGCACGAACCGAUCGCGCUGAACGGAGGGACGGUGAAGGAUAAGGUUAUUUUAUACGAGGUGCUUCGGGCGGCGUACGGACGCGCGGAGGACGGCGAGGACGGAGACGCGACGACGUCGGCGACGGUAGACGCGCGGUACAUGUUCGGGGGGGAUAAGGUGACGAGUGGAAUGACGCUCGCGUCGGCGGCGGCGCGCGCGGCGGCGGCGCUGGACGUGCGAGAGACGGACGCGGUGUGCGUGCCGGUGCCGCUCGGACACGCGAUGGGUUUCGGUUUCGGCGCGCUCGCGGCGUUGACGAGCGGCGCGCGAUUGGUGCUCCCACCCACGAUGGGUAGCGCCGCCGACGGUGACGCCGCGCGACGCGCGAUGUUCGAGGCCACGCUCGAAGCUUUGCGCUCCGAAAAAUGCACGCUCGUCGUCGCCGACUCGCACGUGACGCGCUCGGCGAACGAGCUCGCGCCCGACCUCUCGGGACUCGACGAACUGCGCGGUGGCCUCGUCAAGGUGGGCUCGGGCGAUGACGUCGGCAUGCAAGAUCCCGUGAAAUUUCUCGGCGUCGAUCUUCUCACCGUGGGCGUCGCCAAACCGAAGUAG